AUGGCGAUCCGAUGGGUGAGCAUGCUGGAUAUGGACUUCAGCAAGGAGUUCACCUUUGAGUUCGCCAUGAAGUCCCAUGGCUGCACCAAGUUGAAUGUGAUGUACACCAACAAUCCGGACUCGAUGAAGCUUUGCCUCGCCGAGUUCAAGCAGUACCUACAGGACGAGAAAGCGGAUCGCGGUCGUCUCCUGACAGGGACCAGCGGAUCGCAGUCGCCCAGGUUCGAGAGACCAGGGAUCAUCUUUUCUUCAACUGCAAUUUCAGUGUUCGUGUCUGGAAUUACCUACAAAUUGGUUGGCCUGCAGGGAACUCUAUCCGCGGCUCGCCUAGUCACCGACCCGUCGCCGUCGCGCGCCAUCGCCCUGCGCCCGUCCUUCGCCGCCCCGUCGUCGCCGGUGCUCCCCGUAGCCCGCCUCUUUGUCCACCUCCCCGCUGGGCUACAUCGCCCCUCGCCGCUGCCCGAAGGCCUCCCCAUCGCCGGACCACCCGCCGUCGCUGCUCGUCGCCGCAGCCCGGAGCUCCUCCGCCUUGUCCGUCACCCCGUCCUCGAAUCCCCUUCGACCGCUCCACUGAGCCCAUUGCCUUCCCCCUGGAGCUCCCCUGUGAGGAACCCCCCUCCUAUCCUCCUUCCCCUCCUCCCGUACGGCCACCGUCCGCCACUCCCUCACGUCGCGCGCGCGUGCGCCGACGCGCACCAAGGUGCCCCGCGCUCCUCCCCCUGCUCUGGUCACCGAGGCCCGCGCCUGUCGUGGCCUUGCUCCGCGCCCGCCGCGGACCUCUGGCCGCGAACGGCGUCCCCCGCCACCCCCAACUGCUCCGCCUUCCUCGCUUCACCCCCUGGCGCUGGUGCCGUCGCCCCGCCGGUGCCCUGCCCCGCGGCUGGAUCGGGCGAGCGCCCUAUCAGAUGGGCUGCGCCCAGCGCCCGCCCCGUUAAGGCCUUGGGCCUAUGA